AGAAGAAGGAACGGAGCGACGCUUGGUGAUGACGCAAAACCGCCGAGACUCACAGGUGGCGGUGGUAAACUAACUAGAAAGAAGCGUGACUGUCUGGAAGUCGACUUUCAGAAGUGGAUACGUGUGUUUUUUGAUAAUUACGUGAAUAUUUUCGGGAGUAACGUCUCUGUUUUGAUCCAACAUGAGUUCGUCAAUGCCGCAGAAGCGUUACUACAGACAGCGAGCCCAUUCAAACCCGAUGGCAUACCACACGUUUGAUUACCCUGUGUGUCCUGAGGAAAUGGACUGGUCCGAGCUGUAUCCAGACCUCUUCACUGGCAGCCCCUCUGAGAAGGAGACCUCCCGGGUUGAGUUUGCAGACAUUGGAUGUGGAUAUGGGGGGCUUUUAGUGGAGUUAUCUCCACUUUUCCCAGACAAGCUCAUCCUUGGCCUGGAGAUCCGGGUGAAAGUUUCCGAUUAUGUUCGCGAUCGAAUCCAGUCACUGCGUACCUCGGAACCAGGACGAUACCAGAACAUCGCCUGUAUUCGCAGCAAUGCGAUGAAGUACCUCCCCAACUUCUUUUCUAAAGGACAGCUCAGUAAGAUGUUCUUCCUCUUCCCUGACCCUCACUUUAAGAAGACCAAGCACAAAUGGAGGAUCAUUAGUCCCACAUUGUUAGCAGAGUAUGCCUACACACUGAGAGUCGGGGGUUUGGUGUAUACCAUUACAGAUGUGGAGGAAGUACACAUCUGGAUGGUGAAGCAUUUCACUGAACAUCCGCUGUUUACACGUGUCCCUGAUGAAGAACUGGUCAGUGAUGUCAUUAUAAACCGUUUGGGUACCUGUACAGAGGAAGGAAAGAAAGUGCAGAGAAAUGGAGGGAAGAAUUUCCUCGCAGUUUUCCGAAGGAUUGAGGACUCAAACUAAGACCAAACUGCUUGGACGUGCGACAAACUGAAAUGUUUUUUAUGCUGUCUGCACACGGAGGAUAAUGCUGCUCGAUGGAGCUGGAGGCUGUGGCUUGUUCCCGCAGCAGAUGAGCUGAUGGAGGAUUUGUGUUUCAGCUUUUUCACUUGAUGCAUCUCAUUCCUAAGCUCACAAAAGACAGCACAAGGGAAGUAAAUCAUAAAAGGAUCCCUAUUCAGACUAGACUUGUGAAGUGUUGCUUUUUUUAAAUUAAUUUUAAUGAUGUUCUUUGUGGUUUUUUUGCUAAAUUCCAAAGUGCUGUUUUGUAUUCCCUGUAAAGCUGUACAUUAUUUUAGUAAAACAAAAAGCCAGUGUUUGGUUUGUUUCAUUGUAGACUAUAUGUUUUGCAUUGCAGUUAUUUUGGGGUCUUUCUCACAAAAAAGACAACUGGAUUAGUCGGAUAACUACACUGAAUAAAACCAAGAACUGUUUAAUAUCAGUCCAUAUCCUGUUACUGGAUUUCAAGGAGUUAAGGUUUUACUGAGCGCAGUUCUCCAGCUAUUCAAACCUGCUUGACAAGGAAAGGCCUUAGUGUUGUAUCCAUUUGGAAAAACAUUUGAAAUUGCAAGAAUGAUUACUUUGUUGGCUUCAUGGUGGUGAUUCACAGUAUUGACGGCUGAAUCUGAAUUAGAAUAAACUGUGAAGUUUGCCAACGACA